AUUAUUCACUUCUCGAAAAAUCCAUGCGAGCUCGACUAGAUUUCCCGCGGUUUUGGUACUAACCCGGCUGGUGGCUGUAUGCAUACCGGUGCGUAAGCUAGUCGUGCAUGGGUAAUUCACUCGCAUCAAGUCGCAUAAUAUCUCUCAUAAAAAUCAAGAGCAUUCUCCCCCGAUUGAAUUGGCGAUUGCCGAAUAAAUUGCCCGAUCGUGUGAGCCGCGAGCUCGUUCCAGUCUCUAAAGUCACAGCUUUGAUACCGUACAAUAUGCCGCCAAACAGAGGACGUGUGACGAAGGCCGCAUCGAAAUCAAAACCUGAAGUAGAAAACAAUUCGAAUGACGAAGGAGACAGUGACGCGGCUGAAAUGGCAGUGGAUGUGAAAAAAUCAGCAGCGAAAGGUAAGAAGAAGCCAUCACCAAAGGAGAAUGGAAAUGACGAGAAGGUGAAACCUACACGAGGUCGUAAAAAGGCAGAGGUUCAGGAGGACGAUCAAGAGGUUCCAGAGCCUCCAAAGGCAUCAGCUCGAGGUAGGAAGAAGGCAGCCCCUGUGGAGGACACUUCUGAGGACAUUGAGCCCAAGAAAACCAUUAGGAAGAAAAAAGAAGCACCAAAGGCAGUUGAGUCAGAGCCUGAGGAUGAGCCCCCGAAGAAGGCUUCACGAGGUAGAAAGAAAGCAGAGGUCAUUGAGAAUGGAGAUCAGCCUGAAGAGCCCAAGUCCAGGGGACGAAAGAAGGCAGAGGCAGCAGAACCACCACAAGAGUCAUCAGAGAAAAAGCCCUCGAGAGGCCGCAAGAAGAAUACCAAUGAAUCAUCAGAAGAACCGGAAGAGCCCGAUAAGACGGAGAAGCCAAAACGUGGAAAAAAGGGAAAACUUGAUGCAGUCGAGGAAGCUCUUGAUGACGAGUCAGAGGAGAAACUCCCUGCGAAAAGGGGAAGAAAGGCAGCAGUGAAGCCUCCAGAGGAUGGGGAAGACGACGAGGAGAAGCCAGCGAAGAGAGGAAGAAAGCCCAAAGGGAAGGAAGUAAAAGAACCUAAGGAGAAGGCACCAAAGUCCGCUAAGGCAAAACGAGAUGACACCCCUGACGAAGACGAGGAGCCCUCAGUCAAGAAAUCAAAAACUGAGGAGAAAAAAAAGAUUAACAAGACAGACACGAAUCUGGAGGAAAUUGAUUUCGGGUGUGAUAAGACAAAUGCCAAGGGGAACAAGUUUAAUGUGAAGAUUUGUUCGUGGAAUGUUGGGGGAAUCAGGUCUAUCGGGGAAAAGAAAGGAAGAGAUUACUGUCUCAGAGAGGAUGCUGAUAUCAUUGUUAUGCAAGAGACAAAAUGUACUGAGAAGGAUUUACCAGAGACGUGGGAUCUGCCAGGGUACAAACGGUAUUAUUCCGACAGUGAGAAAGCUGGAUAUGCUGGGGUGGCCCUUUUCACGAAGGAGGAACCUCUCUCGGUGAAGGUGGGACUUGAGACGUCACCCUGCAAUGACGAGGGGCGAAUUAUCACAGCUGAGUUUGACGGAUUCUAUCUGGUGGCAGUUUAUGUUCCAAAUGCUGGGAGGGGACUGGUUACUCUACCAAAGAGACUCGAGUGGAACACCGCCUUCAAAAAUUAUGUGAAGGAACUGGACGAGAAGAAACCUGUGAUUAUCUGUGGAGACAUGAAUGUUGCACACGAGGAAAUCGAUCUUGCCAAUCCAAAGACCAAUACCAAACACGCUGGCUUUACCAAGGAGGAACGUGAGGGCAUGACUGACUUUCUGGGGGCUGGAUUCGUUGAUACAUUCCGAAAGUUUUAUCCUGAUCAGACUGGGGCCUACACCUUCUGGUCGUACAUGGGUGGUGCCAGGAGCAGGAACGUUGGGUGGAGGCUCGAUUACUUCAUUGUUUCUGAAAGGAUUAAAGAUGAUAUCUGCGACAAUGUCAUGAGGAGCCAGGUCUAUGGCAGUGAUCAUUGCCCCAUUGUACUUUUUGCCAACUUGUAAGGGUGACGGGAUACUGGACCAUUUUUUUAUUGUAAUACUACUUUAUGAAUAUUGAGACGACUUGUGACUACUGUUUGGAGGAUGUAUCAUUUUUAGGUUUGAUUUUUCUUGUGAAUUUAAUUUUUGUUUUUCGAAUCUUUGAAAAGAAUUUGUAGUGAAUGUAUCAGAAUGUACUGGCUGGAGCCACGAGUUUUUCGGAAAAUAUAUAUGUAAUUUUUCAA